AUGUAUGAAUAUGACCAAGGAAUUGAAAAAGAGAAAUCAGCUCUUGAAGGUUUUGUCAAUAAAUAUAUUAUUCAAGGAAUUCCUGGUCUUACUCCAAUGCAGUUUUUUGAGCAUAUAAAUAAAACUUUAAGAGAUUUUUUCACUUAUCAUAGAAAUAUAAAAUUUAGGAUGGUUUUAGUUUGCAUUAUGGAAAAACAAAAUAUACAACAAAAUGUUGGUGUUGUAGGGUUAGAAGAUGGUAAAGCUUAUUUUAAUUCGUUUACAUUUACUAAUACUAAAUCAGAUGAUGUUGACAAAUUAAUUCAAGUAAGUAUAGAUGGUAUUGAAGGUGGUAUAGAAGCAUAUCAAGAAGUUGGAAGUGGAUGGUAUUUUAAAGAAGUGGAAAAACUUGAAAUUCAUACUAUUGAAUAUAAUCCAACGAAAGGUUCUUCUUAUAUUUCUCUUCCAGGGUGGAUAUCAAAUAAAAAAGCAAUUGUAAAUAUACAGAAUAAAGAUGAUAAAUGUUUUCUUUGGUGUGUACUUAGAUAUCUUUAUCCAAAAAAAGAUAACGAUAGUCGAUUGAAAGAUUUAAAGAAGUAUGAGUUUUCACUUAACACAAAAGGUAUUACUUUUCCCAUGAAAUUAAAAGAUAUUACCAAAUUUGAAAAGCUUAAUCCAGAACUCCCAGGAAUAAAUGUUUUUUCAUAUGAAAAUAUGAUUAUUUAUCCUUUGAGAAUGGCAGAGAGAGAUUGUUUAAAUACUAUUGAUUUAUUUUUAAAUGAAGAAGAUGGAGUUUCACAUUAUUCACUAAUUAAAAACUUUAAUCGUUUGGUUGGAUCACAAAAAACUGCAAGUAAGAAUGGUAAAAUAUUUAUUUGUAAAAAGUGUUUUACUCAUUUCACUAAAGAAGAAUUAUUAGAAAAACAUAUUAAAUAUUGUUCUAACAAUGAAACAGUUUGUGUAAAAAUGCCUGAACCAAACACAAUGUUACGUUUCAAGAAUUACUAUAAAAAACUUCCUAUUCCUUUUGUAGUUUAUGCAGAUUUUGAAUGCUUUACCAAACCAAUGAAUACUUGCAGUCCUAAUCUAAAAGAAUCAUAUAAUUACAACUGUCAAAAACAUGAACCAUCAGGAUUUUGUUUUCAUAUUAAGGGAAUAGUUGAUAAAAAAUUUAAACCAAUCAUUUAUACAAAAACAAAAGAAGAUGAAGAUAUAUCAAAAGUAUUUGUAGAAAAACUUACAGAAGUAACUAAAGGAAUUUAUAAUGAAUUUUAUCGUAGACCAAAACCUCUUAGACUAACUCAAGCCGAACAAAAAUUAUUUGAUAAAGCAGAAACUUGCCAUAUUUGUAAUAAAGAAUUAAAAGAAGAUAAAGUUAGAGAUCAUUGUCAUUUUACCGGUCAGUACCGUGGUGCAGCUCAUAACAGCUGUAAUCUUCAAUGCCGAAAACCAUUAGUUCUUCCAGUUAUAUUUCAUAAUCUUCAAGGAUAUGAUGCUCAUUUAUUUAUAAAACAACUUGCUAAAUUACCAGGUAAUUUGAACUGUAUUCCAUCUACGGAAGAAAAAUAUAUUUCCUUUUCUAAAAGUAUUAAGGUUGAUGAGUAUAAGUCUUAUAAAUUUGACCAAAUGGUACCAAUAAAUUUUGAAAUACGAUUUUUAGAUUCAUUCAAGUUUCUUCAAACAUCACUUGCCAAUCUUGUUUCAAAUUUACAACCAGAUGAUUUUCAUAAUACAAAACAAGUAUUUAAGAAAAAUGUAAAUCUACUAACUCGUAAGGGAGUUUAUCCUUAUGACUAUGUUUCAUCACUUGAAAAACUAUUCGAAACACAAUUACCCCCAAAAGAGGAAUUCUAUUCAAAACUAAAUGAUGAAGACAUAACUGAUGAUGAUUACCAACACGCAAUUAAUGUAUGGAAUACCUUUGAAUGUAAAACAAUAAGAGAUUAUCAUAAUCUUUACCUAAAGUCUGAUGUCCUUCUUCUGUCAGAUGUAUUUGAAAACUUUAGAAAAACUUGCCUAAAACAUUACAAACUAGAUCCAGCUCAUUAUUACACAUCUCCUGGUCUAGCUUGGGAUGCAUGUCUCAAAGAAACAAGACAGAAUUUACAGUUACUACAUGAUUAUGAUAUGUUAAUGAUGUUUGAGCGAGGUAUUCGUGGUGGAAUAACACACAUAUCAAAAAGAUAUGCAGAGGCGAAUAACAAAUACAUGAAAAAUUAUAAUCCUGAUGAGGAGUCCAGUUUUAUUCAAUAUCUUGAUGCAAAUAAUCUUUACGGUUGGGCAAUGUCCCAACAACUUCCUACACAUAGAUUUAAAUGGAUGAAAGAUAUAACAAAAGAAAAGGUAAUGGAAAUUUUAGAGAAAGCAAAUCAUAGUAUGUUUAAUCGUGGAAGAAAAGGUUAUAUAUUUGAAGUUGAUUUGGAGUAUCCCUCCAGACUAUGGGAAGAUCAUAAUGACUAUCUUCUUGCACCUGAGAAGAUGAUUGUUAAUGGUGUUGAAAAACUAAUUUGUCAUUUCAAACCCCGAAAAAACUAUGUUGUUCACUAUCGAAAUCUUAGACAAUAUCUUGAAAUGGGAAUGAGAAUAACUGCCGUUCAUAGAGGAAUAUCAUUUUAUCAAUCUCCUUGGAUGGAACCAUAUAUAAGAAAAAAUACAGAACUUCGAAAGACAGCAGCCAACAGUUUUGAGAAAGACUUUUUCAAACUAAUGAAUAAUUCAGUAUUUGGAAAAACAAUAGAAAAUAUAAGGAAAAGACAAAAUAUAGAACUUAUUGAUAAUUGUAAGAAAGCUGCCAAACUAUCAAGUCGUCCAAACUUUGAUAGAGCAACAAUAUUUGAUAAUCAUCUUAUUGCGGUCCAUAUGAAGAAGACUGAAGUUUAUUUUAACAAACCAGUAUAUGUUCGUCAAGCAAUUCUAGAUUUAUCAAAAACAUUAAUGUUUGAUUUUCACUAUAACUACAUAAAAAAGAAAUAUGGAAACAAAGCUGAGUUAUUGUUUACAGAUACGGACUCAUUGAUGUACCAGAUUAAAACAGAUGAUUUUUACAAAGAUAUAUCACAUGACAUUCUAACCAAGUUUGACACUUCAGAUUAUCCUCCUAAUCACCCAUCUGGAAUACUAACAGGAGUUAACAAAAAAGUCAUAGGGAUGUUUAAAGAUGAAGUAGCAGGAAAACAGAUUACUUGUUUUGUUGGAUUGCGACCCAAACUUUACAGUUUUAAAAUUGAAGAAGAUAAAGAAGUACGUAAGUGUAAAGGAAUAAAGAAAAAUGUUGUAAAAAAGAAAUUAGAUUUUAAUGAUUAUGUUCAAUGUUUAUUUAUGGGUAGAAAAGAAAUGAGAAAGAUGAAAAUAAUAAGAAGUGAAAAUCAUGAUAUAUACUCAAAAGAAGUUAAUAAAGUAGCACUAAGUAAUGAAGAUGAUAAACGCGAAUCACUCUUGGGAAAGGUAAAAACGAUAGCUUUAAGGUAAUAAAGUAUAAAUAAAUAAAUGCCAUAUACAGAAGAAGAAAUAAAGAAAUAUCUAGAAAUAUUGAAUAAUUAUACUAGUAAACCUGAAGAGGAAGUUAGUAGAAAAUCUAAAUGUUGUAAUUGGCAAAGUGAUAGUUUUACUAUUGAUUCUGGCUACAAAAUCUGUGAUUAUUGUGGAGUAGCAAACGGGCAUGUAUUAGGCUCUUACGAUGUUAAAGAUUACGAUAGAUUAUAUUUUAGAAAAAAGAGUAUUUAUCAUAGAAAGUAUCACUAUGAGAAAAAGGUUAAUCAAAUUUCUAAAAGAAUAAACCUAACUGAUGAACAAAAAUGUGAACUUUAUGAUAAACUAAUGAAAAUAGAUAAUUACGUCAUGGAAAUACUAAAUAAAAAAUACUUUAGAAAGAGAAUGAUAAGUAUUUCUUAUUUAACCAAAAAACUUUUGGAGGAGAUGGGAUGUGAAAAGUAUAAACUAAUUUAUCUUAAGAUUAGUCCUAAAACUUUAGAGAUUUAUGAAAAGUGGUGGAAUAGUUAUAAAGAACUAAAAAAAUAA